CCAGAGCAGGUUAAGGCGCAAUGGAGUGUGGCAUGGUCCUUUGACUGGUUGCAUUCAAUAUCUGCUUUUGGUUUUGUACAGGCGUAACAUAUCACAAUAAUUCUAAGUAUGGCAGCCGUCGUCCUGUGUGGGUCGAACAGAAUGGGUCGCUCCGUCGUAAGACUGAGCUUUCUGUCUACUAAAGGCACACGCAGAACAGACUCUUGCCUGUCUUGUUUUAGUGGGCAUCAGGCUGGAGCGGGAUUGUAUUCCAGAGUUACAGGUGUAAGGUUUGCGUCUCGCCUUGCCGGCGGCCGGAUUGCGGAUGCAAAGUACAGAAAAAAUGCAUUAGUAGCUGCCGGAGCGGCGGUAGUGGCAGGUUUCAUGGCCGGCUUCAGUCAUUUCCAGAGGGCUGAAAUGGCAACUAGAAUUGUCAAAGAUGAGGACAACGACCGUGAAAUUCUGGAAAAAUGCAAAGGGUUCAUGUCCGCUCCUGUGACGGACGUUGAGGUUUUGCAGCAGACAAAGGGGGAGAUGUCCACCAGAAUGGAGAUGCUGAUUAUGGAAACCCAAGCUGCAUUCUGCCGAGCUCUCGAGGAAGUGGACGGGGGGAAAUUCAGAGUGGACCGCUGGGAACGGAAAGAAGGUGGUGGAGGUAUCAGCUGCGUGCUGCAGGAUGGGAAGGUGUUCGAGAAGGCUGGUGUCAAUGUGUCCGUGGUGUACGGAAACCUCACUGAAGAGGCGGCCAGGCAGAUGCGCAGCCGUGGCAAAGUGCUCAAGGGGAAAGAUGGGAAGCUGCCAUUCCGUGCCAUGGGAGUGAGCUCAGUCAUCCACCCCCACAACCCCCACAUUCCCACAGUGCACUUCAACUACAGAUACUUUGAGAUUGAGGAAGCGGAUGGGACUAAGCAGUGGUGGUUCGGCGGAGGGACCGACCUGACACCAGUGUACAUCGACCAGGAUGAUGCUGUUCACUUCCACGGCACCUUGAAGGAGGCCUGUGACAAGCACCAUCCCCAGUACUACCCCGACUACAAGAAAUGGUGUGACAGGUAUUUCUACAUCCGUCACCGAGGCGAGACCCGUGGCAUCGGGGGGAUCUUCUUCGAUGACGUGGACGGGCCCAGCCAGGAGGAGGCCUUUAAAUUUGUGGAGAGCUGCGCCCGCACCGUGGUGCCCUGCUACGUGCCCAUCGUGCGCAAGCACCUGAAGGACUCCUUCAGCAGCGAACAGAAGGACUGGCAGCAGGUGCGGCGUGGCAGAUAUGUGGAGUUCAACCUGGUCUAUGACAGAGGGGUGAAGUUUGGGCUGGCCACACCCGGUUCCAGGAUUGAGAGCAUCCUCAUGUCUCUCCCCCUCACAGCCAGGUGGGAAUACAUGCACGAGCCACCAAAAGGCUCACAGGAGGCGGAAAUGUUGGAUGUCCUGAGGAACCCCAAAGACUGGGUCUGAGGAAGGGGGGCAACCACCUCCCAGCACCGUUUGGAACAUCGGUGUUCUGGAAUCAGAGAUCCCUCCAUGAGAGUCCCUAACAAGAACUUGCUGGUGCGCCUUUGGCUGACAGCUUGCUGAUGCUAAUCAGACUGUUCUACAUGCUUGCCAUUUUCACUUCUGCUCUUUUGGUCCCUCACCCCAUUGGUGGAGAAGAGGAUGACCUCUGACUCUUGCUAUGCAGCUUGCUGAAUGAAUGCUGCUCU